ACGUAUUCGAUAUUGUGAGAAUUUUCUUUUUCCUCCUGCUGCUAUUUAUUCUAUCUUUCCAGCUGAGGAUUCCGCAUCAUGUAUUUUCGGUUGACUGAUGAUAUGGAGUCGAAGACGACAGGCACCUUCUGUAUCUACUCUGAAUACAUCCUCACUUUACAGAUAUCACACCUACCUUCUAUCCAAUCUCUCCCUUCUUAGUCUCUCCUUAAUCAUCAUUCUUUUCCUGCCAAACCAGGAUUUCGGAUAAUUCAACAUGGCGGACGAAGAUUUCGAGAUCGAUGUCUAUGGCGAUGCGCCUGACGCGAACGACGCCGGUGAUUCAGCAAAUGCAGAUGCGGCUACUCUAGAUGAAUCUAAACCUGAUGAAUCCAACAACCACGCAUACGAGAACAAUUCCUCGAUCACAAUAGCUAACGGCUCUAACCCCGAUUCCAUGGCGCACUCUCAUCACGAUGGCCAGGAAGAACAGAAUGACAUGCAUCUGUACAGUGAACGCGCAACUCCUAGCCAGAGCUUGAAGCGCAAGGAGGUAUCUGACGACCGUCCCAUCGAUCCCGGCGCCACCAGCGCCCUCCUCCUUUCCGAGCUGCAGUGGUGGUCAACCGAUGAUGACGUCCGAGGCUGGAUCCGACGCGCAUCCUGCGAGGAUGAGCUGAAGGACAUCACCUUUAGCGAGCACAAGGUUAACGGCAAAUCCAAAGGUCAAGCUUACGUAGAAUUCACCUCCCAACAAGCUGCAACUGCAGCCAAGCGCCAGAUUGAGAAUGUCGCAUCCGAACUUACUCAUGGUGGAAAGAAGAUAACAAUCACCUACACUUCCCACACUACAAACCCAUUCAAGACCCUUCCUAAGGAUGCUCCUGCUAGAGCUAACAAGGAUGGAGGUUCCCGAGGAGGUUCCUCCAUGGGAGGCUACAAUGACCGCGGUGGCUUCCGUGGCCGAGGCGGCGGUUUCAAUGGCCCCCGAGGCGGAUUUAGAGGCAAUUAUCAGGGUAAUAUGGGAGGUGGUUUCCAUGGCAACAACCCUGGUGGUUUUAACAGUAACAUGGGAGGCGGCAACUUCGGUGGAGGUGGCUUUGGCAACAUGGGCGGAGGCGGCGGUGGUGGUCCCGGCUUCAACUUCCGCGGUGGCGGUAUGAUGCCUGGUGGGGGAGGUAUGCGCGGGGGUGGCAUGCGAGGCGGACGUGGUGGCGGCAUGAAUCCCGCCAUGAACCCCGGUAUGAUGGGUGGCAUGGGUCCAAUGGGAAUGCCCAUGAUGGGCUUCCAGCAACCCGCACACUUCAACCCGGCAUUCUUCGGCGGAAAUCAACAAUCAGACUGGCAGAAUCCCCAUGGUGCGAAGCGACCUCGCGAGAAUUAGGGAUGGCGGGGAUGGCGAGGAGGACGAGGUUGACAUUGCUUACAUGGGGGACUUAACAUGAUAGGUACGCAUAGCUUUGGUAAGGGAGGAUUCAUGUUCUUUUCUCA